GAGCCCCGCCCCUCUGCGCGCAAGAGGCCGCUGGUUGGCUCGACGCAGCUCAUUUGCAUUGACGUCAUUCGAGGCUGUAGGUCAAUCCGUGCGCGUGCUUUUAUUGGAUCUGCUGCUGUCACAUUCGCGCCGCUGCUGUUCUCAACGCGCGUUAUUCUUCGUCAGGAAACUCGCGACGCGCAAACGCCUUUUCUUCUGUCAUCUGGCGGCCGUCCGUGGGUUUUCUCCGUCCGUCCGCCCGCGUGAAAGAGAGGCAGAAUCGUAGGCCCUUGAUUGACAGCAGCUGUUUGAUUCAGCUUUGGCGUUGACGCGCCGCUCUGGGGUUUCGUCUAACGGUCCGUUUGAUGUCAUAAAUGCCGGAUCGCGCGUUCCGCGGCGCGUCCGGGCCAGAUUUCAGCCUGUUGAUGGGGAGCGGAAUAAACGCGCCGGUUGGUUCCCAAUGACUGCGUCUGAGGGAGCAGAAAGAGAGGCCGCGCGGAGCGAUCGGGUGUGUUUGGCGCCUGUCGGAGGAGAAUAAGCGCACGAACGCGCCGCACGGAUGGACGUGAACCGAGCCGGAGCUUGAAAACAGGCGAAGUUCGUGAGCGGAGCGUGAGGAUGAGGAGUAACGGGCGCGAGUGAAGCGCGGGGUCGGUGCUGGCGGGAGGGGAGAGCUGAGCAAACAUGAGCAGAGUUUGUGUUUGAUCGAUAGACUCGAUAGAUCCGAUCGCCUGCAUGAUCUGAGAGAGAAACACUCGUAUUCGCGCAGCACGAGCGGAGCGUCGGGUGAAGGAUGGGCUGCGCCUCCAGCUUCCACAUCUCCGAUCGGGUGGUUUCACAGCGCGGGAAAGAGUCCGAGGACUCGCAGAACUGCCCUCAGCCGGGCCACAUCAAGCCCAGCAACGCCUGUCAGAGCACGUUAACAGAGGUGCGGUUUGGACCAAUGAAGCUGUAUGAAGAUCAGCUGCAGGUGCUGUUAGUGUUUGCCAAAGACGACGCUCAGAGUAACAGCUUCUGCGGGGCGUGUGAACGCGCUGGUUUCAGGUGUAACGUGGCCCGGACGCCAGAAGCGGCGCUGGAGAGUUUCCAGGAGAAGAAACACGAUCUGAUCAUCAUGGACCACAGACAUUCCAGAUUCUUUGACGCUGAAGCGCUCUGUCGCUCAAUUCGAGCCAUCAGCUGCUCUCAAAACACUGUGAUCGUGGCUGUAGUGAAGAGGCCGGAUCGUGAAGAAGCCACUGUGAUGCCGCUGAUAUCAGCAGGAUUUAACAGGCGAUAUGUGGAGAACUCCAACAUGAUGUCCUGUUAUAACGAACUCAUCCAGCUCCAUCAUGGAGAAAUACGAGCUCAGAUCAAACUCAGAGCCUGUAAUGCUGUUUUUACUGCACUGGAACAGAGUCAGGAAGCCAUUGAGAUCAGCAGUGAAGAUCAUAUCAUACAGUACGUCAAUCCAGCGUACGAGUGCAUCAUGGGAUACCAGCGUGGAGAACUGCUGAAGGAAAACACUGAAGUGCCUAAGAGUGAACAAAACAAACCAGACCUGCUGGAUAACAUCAGCUCCUGCCUCCGCAGAGGGAAAGAGUGGCAGGGGGUUUAUUAUGCCAAAAAGAAGAACGGAGACAGUGUGCAGCAGAAUGUGAAGAUGACGCCUGUCGUUGGACAGGGAGGUAAAAUCAGGCACUGUGUGUCUGUUAACAGGCCUUUAAAUGACCAUAACAAGACAGAAAAGCCCUGUGAGCGAGUCCAGGCCGAAUCACAGACAGAUAUUCAGCAGUUCUGCAAACACAAGGACCGCAGGAAAGGAUCGCUGGACGUUCGCUCGACGACCUCUAGAGGAAGUGAUGGAAGUUCUCAGAGGAGAUACUCGUCUAUGGCCAGAAUCCACUCCAUGACUAUUGAAGCUCCCAUCACUAAGGUGAUAAACAUCAUCAAUGCGGCUCAGGAGAGCAGUCCGAUGCCGGUGGCUGAAGCGCUGGACCGCGUGCUGGAGAUCCUGCGGACGACAGAGUUAUACUCUCCUCAGCUCGGUACUAAAGAGGAAGAUCCUCACACCAACGACCUGGUGGGCGGACUGAUGACUGACGGACUGCGCAGGUUAUCAGGAAACGAGUACAUCUUAGCCACAAAACAGCUGCACCACAUCCCAGGUCACCUGACCACACCACUGUCCCUCAACGAUAUCCCACCAUGCAUUGCUCAGACGAUGGAAAACGAAGACUCGUGGGACUUUGAUAUUUUCAGCCUGGAGUCAGCCACCAUAAAACGGCCUUUAACGUAUCUGGGUCUGAAGAUCUUCUCGCGGUUCGGCGUCUGUGAGUUCCUGAGCUGUCCGGAGGCGACGCUGCGCUCCUGGCUGCAGAUCAUCGAGGCUAAUUAUCACUCCAGCAACUCCUACCACAACUCCACACACGCCGCAGACGUGCUGCACGCCACCGCAUACUUCCUGUGCAAGGAGCGCGUCAAGCAAAGUCUGGACCCCAUAGACGAGGUGGCGGCUCUGAUCGCGGCUGCCGUGCAUGAUGUCGAUCAUCCAGGACGUACAAACUCCUUCCUGUGUAACGCAGGAAGUGAACUGGCCAUUCUGUACAACGACACGGCUGUGCUGGAGAGUCACCACGCCGCGCUGGCCUUCCAGAUCACCACACGAGACGACAAGUGCAACAUCUUCAAGAACAUGGAGAGGAACGAGUACCGCACGCUCCGGCAGGCCGUCAUAGACAUGGUCCUCGCCACUGAGAUGACCAAACACUUCGAACACGUCAACAAGUUUGUCAACAGCAUCAACAAACCGCUGGCAGCACUGGAGGAGAACGGGGAUAACGGUGAUGAGGACUCAGUGAAGAGCAUCCUGACGACUCCAGAGAACAGGAUCCUGGUGAAGCGGAUGUUGAUCAAAUGUGCUGAUAUCUCGAACCCCUGCAGACCGCUGGAGCUGUGCAUCGAGUGGGCCGGACGCAUCUCAGAGGAGUAUUUCGCACAGACGGAUGAAGAGAAGCAGCAGGGUCUGCCGGUGGUGAUGCCCGUGUUUGAUCGCAACACCUGCAGCAUUCCCAAAUCACAGAUCUCCUUCAUCGACUACUUCAUCACCGACAUGUUCGACGCCUGGGACGCGUUUGCCGAUCUGCCCAAUCUAAUGCAGCAUCUGGACAACAACUUCAGAUACUGGAAGAGUUUGGAUGAGAAGAAGCUGCGCAGUCUGCGGCCGCCGCCGGAGUGACACACACACACACACACACUCGUGUGUGAGAGGAGGAGCGGAGCUAACAUGAUCGACGGACACGGCUCUUCCUGUGAAGAAACACUAGCCAUCGGCUCCACUGCGACAGAAACACUCGUCUGUGGAGCGAUAUUUUGGUCCAGUUCCUUUUUUUCUUUUUUUACCGUUAACUAAUGAUGAGAACCAUGUUAACUAAUAAACCCCUCAGAAUGAGAGAUGAUCUCAACGCCAAAGGUGAUGAUGUUGAUGUAAUAUCUGCAGACUCUGACAGGAAACGUCACGUUAUUUUCGUCUGUGGUCGCAUCUGUGAAGACUUCGGGCCUUGAACGCUUCUCCUCCAGAGAGUUUGCUCUGUGGUCCAUCUACUGACGAGACUGCUGCCUUAUUUUAUACGCUCUAUUUAUACGGCGACCCGCGACAGACUUCCGCAGUUUUUAACACGCUCACGUUGGAUGAAGUAAAUCUCAGUAUUUUUGUAGCUGAUCAAUUUUACACUGGAACGAUGUAAAGCACCUCGGACUCCUCGGAGAUUCUUUCUUCAUGUUGUUUUGAUGUCUGUUUGUCUGCGUGUCGCCGUCUGAAGAAGGAAGUCCAGCGGAUUCUCUGUCCCUCUUCAGGGUUGGUUUACUGGAUUCAUUCUGUGUUUGUGGGCUCAGACGGACAGACGCUGCUGCUGCGUGAAGCUGAGUAUAUGAGCUCCAGUGUGCGCUUGAUUUCCUGCAGCGUCCCACCAGCACUUCCGCUUUGAUCAUCUUCCUCUGAAUCCACGAGCAGACGCAGUCCAGCGUUUGUGGGAACCUUCAGCCCAAAUUAAAAGAAAAAUGAGAUUAUAUUUUGUAUUUGGCACCAUUAGCAUUUUUUUGCAUUGUGACAUUAUUUUCAGGAUGAAUUACCUCUUCUUCAGAUUCCUCUUUAAAUUCUCAUCUGAAAUGUCAAAAGGAGUUUAUUUAAAUUGUAAAGUAUUUCUACAUCAUUGUAGUAUUUGUUGUACUGCCCUUUUUGAUUUAAUAAAAAGCUAUUUUUUAUUGUAAAGCAGAACUACAAUAAAUGAAACUAACGUCCA